CUCAGCGCGCGCACCCCGGAAGCGGCGGCGGCGUCACCCGGAAGCGGCGGCGGAACCCGGAAGCGGCGGCGGACAGGAUGGACGACACGCUCUUCCAGCUGAAGUUCACAGCCAAGCAGCUGGAGAAGCUCUCCAAGAAAGCCGAGAAGGACUCCAAGGCCGAGCAGGCCAAAGUCAAAAAGGCGCUGCAGCAGAAGAACGUGGAGUGCGCGCGGGUCUAUGCCGAGAACGCCAUCCGCAAGAAGAACGAGGGGCUGAACUGGCUGCGCAUGGCCUCGCGCGUGGACGCCGUGGCCUCCAAGGUGCAGACUGCCGUCACCAUGAAGGGGGUGACGAAAAACAUGGCUCAGGUGACCAAGGCUCUGGACAAGGCCCUGAGCUCCAUGGACCUGCAGAAGGUGUCGGCAGUGAUGGACAAAUUCGAGCAGCAAGUGCAGAAUUUGGAUGUUCACACGUCGGUCAUGGAGGACUCCAUGAGCUCGGCCACCACGCUGAGCACGCCGCAGGAGCAGGUGGACAGCCUGAUCGUGCAGAUCGCCGAGGAGAACGGGCUGGAGAUCAUGGACCAGCUGAGCCAGCUGCCCGAGGGCGCCUCGGCCGUGGGGGAGAGCUCCGUGCGCUCCCAGGAGGACCAGCUGUCCCGGAGGCUGGCUGCCCUGAGGAACUGAGCUCUCCCUGCGCCUGUGGAUGGCGCUGCUGGAGCAGGACCCCCUCCUGCAGCCCCCCCACCUCGGGACUCUUCUCGGGGGGUGACAGCCCUCCCAUAAACCUGCAGCCAUCCCGGUGGGAA